GGCGAGGAGGGGCUGGGAAUGUGCAGAAGACAUUGACAGCGGUUAUGUUGUGGCUGGGCACGGGUGGCUAGAGAGGAGAGAACCCACCGGAAAGGUUGGGUUGCCCGGCAGGUCCAACCGCUGACGGCGCGUAGCCAAUGAAGGCUGGUUGCCGCGCCCACCACAACAUCGCGAGACCCCCAUUCACUUUCUCGUGGUGCUUCCCUCGAGUUCACGAGCACAAGCAGGGUUGAGAAGACCAGCUUGGGGCUGGAUGUGCUGGAUGACGACAAGCAGCUCUUCAUCAUUCGAGCCACCGCCUUCCCUUUACGUUUUUGGAAGCCAUGCUCUCGGGGGUCCCGAUAGAAUUUGACGACAGUCCCAGGUUGCUACGUCUUGCGGGCCCGCCAUUGUUGCCUUGUUUUUUUUCUAUUGCUCUGCGUCGCCAUCACUAACCACACUUCGACACCGCACGAAGCUGACGACGCUCUUUGGCUCGACAUCAGGUAUUCGAUUAUCUGUCGCGAUACUCUUAGGAGGCCAAUAAUCUUUUACUUAAUCACAACAGCUGCAUCGACCAUCUCUUUCCCGACGCCGCCCUCCCUGCCUAUCCAUCAAAACACACCCCUCCAACGAUUCUUUGUCGCCCACCCCUGGAAAACGUUUACGGCCAGCCUCUCGUUUGACCACCCGAUCAAGGCUGCUUCAUUCCACCAAGGUGCAUCGACGAGGAGCAACAUCGUUUCUUGCGAUUCCAUGGAUCAACAUAGCCGAUAGCAUCCCUCAAUACUACCAGGUCGCAUACCCCUAUUCGGCGUCGCUGAUCCUCACACGAUGGCACCUAAUAGCGCCACGGUCGCCGCAUUGCUAAGGCAAACAGUUCACUAUCAUCUUGACAACUUUGCCUAUGACAGCGCCAUAUUCUUCGCCGAACGCCUGCAGGCCUACGACCCACGCUCCUCCGAAUCAGCCUAUCUACUAUCUCUCUGCCAUUUUCGCCUUGGUGAUUCCAGAUCGGCCUACGAAAUCAGCAAGCCACCAGGCUUUCGAGGUGUACACUUGGGAUGUGCCUUUAUAUUUGCGCAGGCCUGUUUUGACCUGGAGAAAUACAAGGAUGGAAUCACAGCUCUGGAGAAGGCGAGGGCACUGUGGGCUACUAAAUGCAGCAUCGGAAAACACAGCGCUUCAUCAAGAUCUCCCUAUCCCGACGCCGCGGCGUGCAGCUGUCUUUUAGGAAAGUUAUAUCGAGCAUUGGACGACAAGAAGAAAGCGGUACCAUGCUUCGAGGAAGCGUUGAAAGCCAACCCUUUGAUGUGGGAUGCCUUUACCGCGCUUUGCGAUAUGGGGGUCAACGUCAGGAUACCAAAUGUUUUCAGGUUUAAUGAGCCGUUUGCGCGCAACUUCGACUUAGAAAACAGCACAGCAAGCGAACCGAACGGCCCCGAGCCCCUCCAAAGGAAGGCUGGCAUGCAAUCAGCCAGCGAGAGUGAUCCAUUUGACGCCCCCCGUCCUGCAACGUACCAUAUGGACCCUUCCAGAAACGACUUAUUUACCGAACCUGCCCCUAAUGACUUGAUGGCCAAGUUUGCUGCGGCCCACUCGAGGUACAAUGGCAAUCAAGGAAGCAGGAAUGGAUCGGAUGGAAUGGAAACCCCAACUGGCUCUGCGCCGGUUGGUGCUCCUGAGCCUCAGGUAUCACGAUUAGGACACCCGUCGGAACCACCACAGGCACCAAACCGUCGGACCCGUGGUGCCCAAGCAGUGGAACCUGCCAUCUUCGAACCUCCACCAAGACUUGGUGGUUAUCGUUUGGGUUCAAAGAGAAGAGAAAGAACCCAAGAACAAGCAGCAGAUCCAUCCACAGAUAAUUGGUCCAAACCUACCGCGAUUUCAUCAGUGACCGAUAGAAAACGCACAGCAUCGGGGCAUCCAGUACAGCCACGCCCAGCCAAUGGUGAGGAGCCACGGAGGAGUGCGAGACUGAAUGUGCUGCCGAGACCACCUGCGUCGAGGGCGAAUGCUGGUGCUACGGCUCUGGGGACGACGGCUACCCGAGAACUGAGGAAGGCUAGACCCCCUAUUUCUAGGAUAGGCCGCCCAGGGGCAGCCGUGGUUGGCAGGGUUGUUAGUGGCAAUCGGAAGCCUAUUGAGGAAAAUGGAAUGGAUGUCGAUCAGGCCGAAGCUCCGCGGUUUAAGGAACCGCCGCCGAUGAUGCAAGCGCCACCGCCCAAGAUGACGCUUGUUGAACCUGAGCCGGUCAAGAUUGACGAAGCAUUGAGAUGGAUUCUAGAGCUCUUGAAAAAGAUGGCCACUGGAUACCUCCUCUCAUCACAAUUCCGCUGCAAAGACGCGUUGGCGGCGUUUUUGUCGCUCCCUCGCAGCCACCAAGACACCCCAUGGGUGUUGGCCCGGAUGGGCAGGGCGCAAUAUGAGCAGGCAAAUUAUGCUGAAGCCGAAAAGCUAUUCAGACGCCUCCGAAUGCUAGCCCCUACUCGCCACGAGGACAUGGAGGUAUACUCAACAGUCCUCUGGCAUCUCAGGAAGGAGACUGAUCUAUCGUUCCUGGCACACGAACUCGUCGACGCCGUAUGGGAUUCACCCUAUGCCUGGUGCGCCUUGGGCAAUGCGUGGUCCCUUGCUUGCGAUCACGAGCAGGCGCUGCGUUGUUUCAAGCGUGCGAUUCAGCUACACCCCAAAUUCGCCUACGCGUACACACUCCAAGGACACGAGCACGUAGAGAAUGAGGAAUAUGACAAGGCCCUUACGGCAUAUCGACAGGCUAUUUCAGCCGACAAGCGGCAUUACAAUGCCUACUACGGAAUCGGGAAGGUGUUUGAAAAGUUGGGCAAUUGGGACAAGGCGCUGAGUCAUUACAAGGCAGCUUUGGUUAUCCACCCAGACCACGCUGUCUUGAUUUGUUGCGUGGGAACUGUGCUGCAACGGCAGAAGCAGAUCGGUCAGGCGCUUCCUUACUUCUCUCGGGCCGUCGAGCUGGCGCCACGGGCACCUGAAAUCCGACACAAGAAAGCCCGGGCUCUCAUGGCGACUGGUCAGUUCGAAGAAGCGCAGCAGGAGCUUUUGGUUCUGCGAGAUCUUGCGCCGGACAAGGCGCAAGUACACUUUUUGCUUGGCAAACUGUCCAAGUUGCUCGGAGACAAGAAGUUGGCAGUGCGCCACUUCACCAUUGCUCUGAGUCUAGAUCCCAAGGCGAGUUCACAAAUCAAACAGGAGAUCGAGGGCCUGGAAAAUGAUGAUUGCAUAGAGGACUCGAUGGUGCAUUGA